AACAUUUUUGCCGUCGUCUUGCUGUCUUGCCGGGUACAUGGCGAGACCUAAACACGCCGAUCCUUCCGAUUGAAGGUUUAUACAUUCGCCGGAACUUCUAGCUGAUUCAUUCCUUUAGGCUUUUGUCUUCUUAAUCAUUGAGCAGCGAAGGAGAUGCUGCAAAUGUUUUCUCCAAGUGGCCGGAUCCAUUUGCACCAUCACCGGCGAUGGCUACCAACGAAGCUCCCGUACCCUCUUACCCUGUUCACGGUUCUAUGGAUGCUCGUUUUCGGGUCUAUCUUCGCGUGGCAGAAUAACUCCGUUGACGUGAUCCGGCACUUUGGCCGAAUGGCCCCGCCGAGACUGCCCGUGCCAAGGCUACGGCCUGUGGUUUUCAACCUAACGGACUUUGACGCGGCGGGAGAUGGGAAAACGAUGAACACGGGGGCCUUCGAAAGAGCGGUGGAAACGAUCUCCCGGCUUGCUAAUAGCGGUGGAGGGCAGCUCAACGUGCCGCGAGGGCGGUGGCUCACUGCUCCAUUCAAUAUAACAAGCCACAUCACUAUCUUUCUUGAAGAGGGUGCAGUUCUUCUCGGGAUUCAGGAUGAGAGUUACUGGCCCUUAUUGCGUCCAUUGCCUUCUUAUGGAUACGGAAGGGAGCAUAUAGGACCUCGAUAUGGAAGCCUGAUCCAUGGUCAGCAUCUUAAGGAUGUUGUCAUUACAGGGCACAACGGCAUAAUAGACGGACAAGGUCAAUCAUGGUGGGCAAAACAUAAGAAAAAGCUACUUAACUAUACAAGAGGUCCCCUUGUGCAGUUCAUGUGGUCUAGAGACAUUGUGAUCUCCAACAUUACCCUUCGUAAUUCUCCUUUCUGGACCAUUCAUCCCUAUGACUGCAAAAAUGUGACCUUGUCAGGACUCACCAUUUUGGCUCCACUCCAUGAAGCUCCAAACACGGAUGGUAUUGAUCCAGAUUCUUGCCAAAACAUGUUGAUAGAAAAUUGCUUCAUCAGCGUGGGAGACGACGGCAUCGCCAUCAAGAGCGGCUGGGACCAGUACGGCAUCGCCUACGGCCGCCCUUCUUCCAAUAUCCUAAUCCGCAACGUCACCCUCCGUUCCAUCAUCAGCGCCGGGCUAUCAAUCGGCAGCGAGAUGUCCGGCGGCGUCGCCAAUGUGACCGCAGAGAACGUCCUCAUUUUCGAAUCGCGGCGCGGAGUGCGCAUCAAAACUGCCCCUGGUCGCGGCGGCUACAUACAAAACAUUGAAUUCCGCAACCUCACCCUUGACAAUGUGCGCACCGGCAUCGUGAUCAAGACGGACUACAACGAGCAUGCGGAUGCGGGGUUCGACCCUCAGGCACUUCCGGUCAUUGACGGGAUAUCGUUCGAGGGCGUACGAGGACGUGGGGUGCGCGUGCCGGUGCGGAUGCACGGCAGUGAGGAGAUCCCGGUGCGUGGAGUGAAGUUCAGGGACUUGUUAGUUGGGAUCAGCUACAAGAAGAAGAGGAUCUUUCAGUGUUCUUAUGUGGAGGGGAGGGUUGUUGGACCGGUCUUCCCUGCGCCAUGCGAGGACCUUGAUCUUUAUGAUGAAGAAGGGCGGCUUGUGAAGCGGGCAACACAUAAGAACGAUAUCGUCGAGGUCGACUACGACGGGUAAUGGUGAGAUAACAGUUUGCGUUGGCAUAUCUUGAUCCUCGGUAUAAUUUAAUCAUUAUGAGAAGACAAAUUACAGGCAAAAACUGUUUACAUGGAAGUUCGUCUGGCUCAACAGCUGAUGCAUCUGACUAAAUCGGAGCAGGUAGUAGAAGAUGGAUAUGAUCUAUUUGCUGAUGACCAUCUUUUAUGUGCCAAAUUACUGUGGAGAGUGCUGACAAUUCUGGUGAACUAAUGAGAAUUGACAUCGUUUUCUGCUCCUUUCAAAUCCUCAUACCUUAUGCGAGAAAGGUAGGAGAUCAAUCCGAAUGAAGAACAAACGAAAAAAAAAAAAUCAUAGGACGAAGAAUAUCGAUUUUUUUACAAGGGCAAAAGCACACCAUUAGAAGAGGAAAAAAAAGCAAAAAGAAAAAAGAGAAAAGGGAAAAUUCUUAUCCCCUGUUGUGUUUUCUACACUUGUCAUGCUACUAUCUUGUUGGUAGAAGUAAAAAAUGCAUAUGUUUGGUGGCGUACAGGCAGGCUCAAUAAUUGUUUAUAUCUUGAUUUAUUUUCAAUUGAAGUCCAUUGUAAGCUACAUUUUUCCUUCUACAAAGAUUAGAUUUUUGCUU